AUGGCCCCACCUAACUUUUCUCAGAUUUCAAAGCCAACAAACGAUGUCCUUAACAAGGAUUUCUUCCACUUCACUCCAGUGGCCCUUAGUUUGAAGACGUCUGCCCCAAAUGGUAUUUCAUUCACUACUAAGGGAAGUGUUUCUCCAGACUCUCAGACCUCAGCUUCUCUUGAGACUAAAUAUUCUGAUAAGACUUCUGGUUUGACUCUUACUCAAGGAUGGACCACUGCAAACGCCUUGAAGACCAAAAUCGAGUUGACUGAUGCCCUCACUCCAGGUUUAAAGACCGAAUUGGACACUACCCUUGUCCCAGGACUUUCCAAAGCAGCAAAGCUUAACCUAUACUUUGCUCAACAGUCUGUCAACGCAAGAGCUUUCGUUAACCUUUUGAAAGGGCCUGUCUUCACAGGUGAUUUCACCGUUGGUCGGGAUGGAUUUACCGCUGGUGGUGCUCUUUCCUACGAUGUGAAGGCUGCCUCAUUGACAGGAUAUUCUGCUGGUAUUGGUUACAAGGCUCCAUCAUACGCCUUGUCCCUCAUUGCUGCAAACAAUUUGUCUGUCUUUGCUGCUGGCUACUACCACAAAGUUACGCCAACUAUUGAAGUCGGUGCAAAAGGAACGUACGAUUCCAAGGGACCUGCAGGUGCAAAUGCCGUUGCAAUGGAAGUUGGUACCAAAUAUCAGCUUGACAGCAGCUCCUUCGUCAAAGCCAAGAUUGCCGACUCCGGCAUUCUAGCUUUGUCUUUUCAGGAAAUUCUUAGACCUGGUGUUAAGCUAGGAUUGGGUGGUGCUUUCGAUACUUUAAAGCUUGGAGAGUCUGCUCACAAGUUGGGUCUUUCAUUGUCCUUCGAUGCUUAA